AUGUUCACAAGAUCCUAUGGCAAGGAGUUCUUUAGCUUAAUGAUGAAAGUUAGCUUAAAGUUUGCAGAAAAUGAAACAAAUGAGGUCAAUUUUAGAGAGAUCCCAUCCCAUGUCCUAUCCAAAGUAUGCAUGUAUUUCACCUACAAGGUCCGCUAUACUAACAGCUCUACGGAGAUUCCUGAAUUCCCAAUUGCACCUGAAAUUGCACUGGAACUUCUGAUGGCUGCAAACUUCUUAGAUUGUUAAAUAAAAUAAAUUAUAAUAAAAAAUGUAAAACUUUUUUCAGUAUUUAAUACAUGUAGUUCAGUUAGUAACUUUUUUCAGAUAGCAUGUUGCGUGUGUGCUGUUGAGAACUGUAAAGUUCACUGCAGAGGCAAUUGCCUUCAGUCCUUUUGCAUAUAGCAAUCAUUCAGUUGAAGUUUGUUUUGCUGCUUACACAAAUAAGGACCUUUUCACAAACUGAGACAAAUAAACAAAUAUGCCAAUUAGUAGAUGGCUAUGCCUUAUCCUUUAGGUGUGGUAGAACUUUCUUUUAAUAAAAUGACUAUAGAAGAUACUGGAGUUUAGUCUAAUGCUCUCUGAAAGGUAAUUCUAGUUAAAUACGAGUAGGUGUUUAGGGUUUCUAACUUUCUCUUAUUGUUAAGGUUUCUAAACAUCUGAACUUAAUCUCCUUUGUAAGAUAGCUGUCCUUUAGCAUAGUUAUACUAACUAGAUUAGAAGUGCCCUCCCUAAGGUUUGUGUACUGACAGCGAUAUUCCAUUUAGGUUGAAAGUGGAGUGUGUAGGAGAAUGCUUAAGGCUUUUAAUUUAAAUCAUAGUAUAGACAUACGUAAAGGUGUAUUUGACACAUUUUUCUUUUAUAACGUAAAUUUUUCCCAUUAGUAAUUACACAUAUUCAAGUCGUCUGUACAGUAAGACUGUGAUCCUACUGGCAGUGGCUUUUAAGGGGAAGAAUAACUGUUGCAAUCUGUUUAUAUUAUCUCUUGUAUAACAUAUAAGGUUAUUCUUAAUGUACUGUCACUUGAGCUGAUACGGAUUUUAUAUGGCUUCAGUUAUGUUUUAUUUCCAUUGUUGUGAUUGGUUAUGUAAAGUCUGUAUUUAAUCUUUAGAGUAGUAGUCAUUUAAAUUUUGUAACAUAGCAACUGAAAAGAUAGCAGUUAUCCUAUCUUUUACCUCUUCCUCGACCUCUCCCUUGCAUCCACAGAAAAAAGACCCUGAAAUGUGGAGGUCUUUUAUAUUUGAAGGAAAGGACAUUAAGCAGAUGUUUAAGGAGCUGUUUUAUAAAUUUCAUAGGUAUUUCCAAUGUUUUUACAAAUAUUUUAGGGGAAAAGGAUUGGCAAGCCACUGACAUAAUACUAGAGUGGAACAUAUCAUCUCUUGGUAGUUCCUGCUGGUAGUUGCCUAUACUACCCGUUCUUUGUUCAAAACAAGUUUCCAUAAAGGAAAAAAAAAAAAAGAAUGGAGAGAAGAAGUUGCUUUUUGUUCAGCUGUAGCCUGAAGAACCCUUCUGCCAAAAUAAUCUGUAAAUGAGAAUAAAUCUAAUGCAUCGUAAAAAAUGAUGCAGUGCAAUGUAGUUAGUAUUUCCAUCAGCUGCCACUGCUUCAGCUUUGUUUUGACCAAGAAGUGGUUGUGGUCUUUCAUGGAAAAAUCCC